AUGGGACGACCUGGUGUAGAUUUUCCGGCAUUUACCGGAAUUCCUCAAACACAAUUCAAUUGUAGAGGAACUCCCGGAGGAUACUAUGCCGAGCAAAAUGUAGAGACAAAAACGACUUUAGAAGAAUUAGACAGCGCUAAUGCAAAUCAAAAUGUCGAUUUGGCUGCUAAAGAAGUAGAGUACCAGAUCUACCAGGGCGUAAUGGGACGACCUGGUGUAGAUUUUCCGGCAUUUACCGGAAUUCCUCAAACACAAUUCAAUUGUAGAGGAACUCCCGGAGGAUACUAUGCCGAUUUGGAAACGAACUGUCAGGUUUUCCAUAUUUGUGAUGGCGGUCGCAAAAUUUCCUUCCUUUGUCCAAAUGGAACGAUUUUUAAACAGCAAGAUUUGAUCUGCGAUUGGUGGUUCAAGGUCGAUUGCCACUCCACCAACCCUCUACCAGCCUACGAAAACUCUCACUCAAUCCCCAUAAUAUCCUUACCCUCCUUACCCUCCAACGAACCUCUUCUCCUCGAAGAACAACUUCACGAAUCCGCCGAAUUCCAUUUAAACCCCAAACCAUCAUCCUCUAGAACCAACAAUAAUCGCCAAUCCACCCAUCAUCCGAACCACCAAUCCACCCAUCAUCCGAACCAAUCGUCUCAAUUCUCUCGCAAAUCUUCCACCGUGACUCCGAACCGGGGAAAGAUCCAUUACCAGGCGGAGAAUUCGAGGAAAUUUACAAACUCUAGGCAAUACUCGAGUUUUGAAUAUAGUUCGGAAUAUGAAAACGAUGAUAGUUCGUCGGAGAGCAAAAAGGGAACGAGACAUUCGACUAGUGUUAGUCUGCCACAUUAUACGGAUUCGAAUAAUUAUAGGACAAGUGUCACUGCUCAGGUUCACAAUGAGAGGUUGAAACCAUCUCGCAAGAACAACAACGACGACGGUUUUAUCGAAGGCAACCAAAGGAACUUUUACCACUACUACAACGCCGAUGGUUCCAACUCAAGUUCUACUUUGGAAUUGAUCAAUUACAAAAUCGAAACUUCUACAAAGACCCCUGUAAAUCGAGGAAGCGGGAAAGGAGCCAAGAAAACCCAAAGAAAACUGCAAGAGGAAGUCUCGACACCUUUAUCCACAACCACUGAGAAAAUCACGACAAAAAAAUUUGAAGAAAGUCUUUUAAAAAAAGAAGAGCAAUCCAAAGUCAACGAACAUGCCAUGGGCAUGAUCAAAACUUUGCAACAGUUGGAAGCUGAUCAGGAAGGACCUGAGAAAUUCUUAGGAAGCAGACGUGUAGGUCUAGACAUACCCCCAAGUGCGAGCCCUCAGACAAUCCGCACCCUUGCCGAAUACUUCGCGACAGCCCCCGAUAACUUCAUCACCAAAGCACCAUUCAGCACACCUCAAACCACCAGCAAACCAUCCACCACAACCACAACUACAUACAGUACAGAAAUACCAACAAGUUCUGCAGCUACCACAAAUACACCACCAGAAACCACCGCGACACCGGCUGUGGUCGAAUCUGCACAUUUGAGUAAAAGCACUUUAGAUAAAUACGUAGAGCUAUUCGCGGAAAAACCGAGGAACUUGACUUUCGAUGAUAAGGAUUUGGUUAGGAGUGGCGAAGGCGGUAAUGAUUUGGAGGUGCAGCAGAGCUCGGGUCCUUUGAACUAUGCCACGGGUAGUGCGCAGAUUCGCGAGCUCGCGCAGGUGUUCACGCACGCUUUGUCGGCGUAUUUGCAAGAUCCUGAAACUUUCAGACGUGUCCUUGCUGAGAUUCGACCUACAGAACCACCAGCUCUGUUUAGUAAUGAAGUCGUGGAUGUGAGCACAGUGGUGACACCUACGAAUGCUACUGUGAAACACGAGGAGGAGAUACUGGAUUUCUCCGAUGUAUCCAAGACGACAACCAAAAAUAAUGCAAUUACAACCACGACACCACCACCACCAACGACUUUUAUACCGAACGUUGAACAAAACUCUGUGGUUAACAAAAAUAAAACACCGGGCUCCAACAUUAUAGCAGAUGUACUAGAGAAGUCUGAGUCGCUAUAUUAUGACCGCCAAGGUAAAAAAUUAGGACCAGACGACGAGGCAAGCCCGACAUUAUCUACUAUCAUUGUCUCCGAUUCCUGGAUGUCAGAGCAAAACGAUACAACAGACUACUUUCCCCAAAAUAAGACAGAAAGUCACAACCCCGCACAACCCUACGGACAAGGUGUACGGCACCAGAACAGCACCCCAAUUUCAAUAGCUUACCCAACUUCGUUGGCUGAUGUCCAGGCUAUACCUUUGCACUGGGGCCAAGACCUGGCCACAAUCAAAACACCCGAAGACAACGCACCCGAAUUAAUAAUACCUGCUGUAGAUUUAAUACCGCCUUCGGGCGCUCAGCAAAACAUCUUGGAACCCAGCGGCGAGUUUUUGCCGCCCGAGGUCGAGCAAACCACACACUUUGCAACGCAUAGGCAAGCCAAAUCGGAUAAUAGCGAACAGUUGCAGAGGUCACAAAGCCAGAGCUUUGUACCCAGGGGUAAUGUGCUGGAUUAUGAUGUUGGGACCAAAAAUUACAACCCGGUAGAGACUACGACACCGGGGGUCUUUACGACCCCGGCUACGGCCCCGGGCGCCGUGAGUACUACACAGGCACCGAUUACGACGACAGCGAGUUUGUGGACUACAUCGGCGACUGUUGGUGAGUUAUGGAGGAGUACGAUAUUUUUGGAUCCUUUGACGAUAAAUCAAGAGCUGGAGGAGGAUAAGACGGUGACGCCUUCGCCUCAUACAUAUUUGCCUAGGAGUACUACUUUGUCGUCGGUUACGCAGCCUAUACAGACUACUGUGGUGCCUGAGCAGAGCACGGAAUUUGGUGCCAGGUCAGGAUUUGAUAGGCGCACAUCGAAAUUCCCGGCUGUCUGGGACGAUACGAUACACACCACUUUGGAACCAAAAAUCGAACCCAUAUAUGACAGGCGCACCAGCACCACCUAUGAACCAACCACAAGCACCACAUUCGAACCAAGUGCGACCACUAGAUCACCUUUUACCUACAUACCGACUGUACCAACGGUCUCCGACUUUCCCACAACGUUUCAACCCGAACUGAGCACCAGUUUAACGAGACAAGGUAAAGCCUUGGCAUCAGUCGAGGUAAUGGAAAAGCGUGCACAAGAAAUGUUCGGUAAAUUAAACGCAAGCACUGCAAACACUUUAAUGAACGUUAUGAAGCAUGCUGAUUCAAAUACCACAGUAAGACGUUUGAUACUCCUGUUAGUCCAAACUUGCGACGAGGACAUAGAUAAGACCGUCGAGGAGUCACGUGCUGCGUUACUGGACGCCUUAAUCAGCAUGCCUGUCGAAGACAAAAACUUAGACGCUUUUAAAAAAAAUUCCAAAACAUUUAUACACGAAACGUUGGAACCACAGGAAACCAUAAACCAUCGCAAAGGUAAAUCAUUAAAUUUCCUGACAGACGUCAAUAGCAUUACAGACACCAAGCAAACUUCAUCUACUACGAUUAUACCUGAAACUACUACUACGACGACUGCAGCGCCAACCACGACUACAGAGCCAUCUUUUACCGAGAGUCCUUCACCGCCAUCUGUGACGACGUACAGGAGCAAAACGCAUAGGAAGUUUAUAGUGCAUGCGAUAGAUGGCGGUAGCAUUAAUUCUAAUGAGAGUUUUGAGGAAAAUGGCAGACAUAAUAGUUCUGAUUCGCGUGCUUUGGAGCUUCUUAGAUCUUUGUAUAGUUUGGCGGCCAAAUGGGGAUAAUUUUGGAGCCAGAGAAAGGUAAUUGUGUGUUUUUU